UUCAAAAUAUCGCGUUCCAUUGCAUGUCGAGGACUCAUACUACUGUGGUCUUUGCUUCGUCAUUCUUUUCGAGUCGAUCCUUCUUCGUGUUUAUGUUCAUCGCGAAGAGCUUAGUUGUGUUCAGUACUAAUUCUAGUGUCUGUAGACGCGUCGAGAUCAAGCAUUGUUAAUUGCACCAAUUGUUAGCGAAAUAUUUACCGUAUAAUUUAGCUUGAAUGUUUGUUAGCAGAAAAUACCGACUAAGAUUGCUUCUUGUUCGAGUUUGCUUGGACAGUGUUGUUAUUGAACUGCCAUGCUCGUGUACAUUUCAUGGAUUUCUAGUUUAACCCACUGAUUGGAGGAGAGGAUGAAGUUGAAAACGAACGCAGUCCUGGUGAGCCUGGGAGUGUUUCUGCACGUGACCUGCCUGGUAUCUAUAUUUGACAUGUACUUCCGAUCGCCUAUUGUUCAUGGUAUGCAGCAGCAUGCCAUGCCUAAAGAUCCACCGGCCAAGCGCCUGGUGCUAUUUGUUGGAGAUGGUGUCAGAGCCCAUUCGUUCUUUGAGAAUGAGGUCGGCGGCAAGAGCCGUGUGCCGUUCCUGAACGGCAUCAUGGAGCGGCGCGGAAGCUGGGGCAUCAGUCAUACGCGCGUGCCAACAGAGUCGAGGCCGUGCCACGUAGCCAUCAUAGCCGGUUUCUACGAGGACGUGAGUGCAGUGACGAGAGGAUGGAAAGAAAAUCCUGUGAAGUUCGACUCUGUCUUCAACCAGUCGACACACACCUGGAGCUGGGGCAGUCCUGACAUCCUGCCAAUGUUUGAGAAAGGAGCUGUGAAGGACCGAGUGUCGGCGUUCAUGUACCCACCGGAACUUGAGGAUUUUGGUGAUGAAGAUGCGUCUCACCUAGACCGAUGGGUUUUUGAUCGAGUAAUUGCUUUCCUCAAUCAUGACCGACUAAGCAAGGACGAUGCAGAACUUCUGCAGAAGCCUGGAAUAGUGCUCUUCCUGCAUCUUCUAGGCACGGACACAAAUGGACACGCGCAUCGCCCGGCAUCCUGGCAAUACAAACAGAACAUAGCACUAGUGGACGAAGGAAUUCGCAACAUUACCGAACACAUCGAGGCGUUCUUUCAGCACGACGGGCGCACGGCAUAUGUGUUCACGUCAGAUCACGGCAUGACGGACUGGGGCGUGCAUGGCUCCGGUUUGGCUCAUGAAACACUAACACCGCUGGUUGCCUGGGGUGCGGGUGUAGCUGGCCCUCGCCGUCACUCCCAAUCCGACGGUGAAUCAGAGCCAGCUAAUAGCUGGGGCAUGGGAGACUUAGUCAGCCAUGAUGUGGAGCAAGCCGACAUUGCACCUCUCAUGUCAAGCCUCCUUGGCAUUCACAUCCCAGCUAACAAUGUUGGAAAGCUGCCUGUCAGCUACCUUGCUACAUCCAGUGAAUACACCGCUAAGAGUAAGCUAGUCAAUGCCAAGCAGCUUCUGGAGCAGUUUGACGUAAUGGCAGCUACGAAGCAGGCCAACACGCCCGAGUUUCUGUUUGUCUCGUUUCCUGAUCUUCUGCCGAGCAAGCGAAGUGAUGUAUUCCGUCAGAUUGACCAGCUCCUUCGUCAAGGCAGGUCAACUGAUGCCAUACAUCUAAUGGAGGACCUCAUAGAGCUGACAUUGAAAGGCUUACGCUACUAUCAGACCUAUGACCGUUUCUUCAUUGGUGGUGCAGUGGCUCUGGGCAUGAUGGGUGGCAUGCUGUGCAUCGUGACGGAAGUACUUGCAACGUCCUACAGCAUGGUACCUGUCCGGCCGGUACCUACAUGGCUGAAAGCGUUUGUGUCGGUUGUGUUUUCCGCCACGUCUCUGCUGCUCUUUAUGCAGUGUGCUCCGCUCCAAUACUACGUCUAUGGCUCUCUGCCACUCGGCUGCAUCGUUGUCUUGAGCCAGCGCGCCUCGGUGUGGGAACGUGCAGUGUCUGGUGUCAGUGGACUUCGAUCUCUUGCCAGGCAGCUUUGCUUUCUGCUCAUGGUGUUGGGUGGUCUGGAAAUUCUUGUCUGGAGUUUCUUCUGGCGCUGGUCACUGUCAGUCGGCCUUGUUCUGAUCAGUGGUUGGCCCUGGUUUUCUCCCAGAUGCCGAGUGCAUUGGGUAAUCUGCACAACAUGGACACUAGGUUGCCUCCUGCUGAGUGUUUUCCCUACGUUGCCUGUUGUGGGUGGUGAGCCUCAGAUUGCUCUGGUCAACGUGGCAGUAUGUAUUGUUGCGCUUGCCUAUCCGGCCGCCACUUUCUUUCUAGAUAGGGCUUUGACCAUGGAAAGGCGAGAGAGAAUGUUGUCUUGUCUGCAGUACGGUCUCUUUCUUGUCGCCGGGUAUGUUGUGAACGCUGUUGCACAGCGGAAGAGGUCAGGUCUGCCAUUGGCGUGGCAGCAGAUGUGCAGCUGGUGUUUGCUGAUCGUUUCUCCGUGUCUGCCCAUCCUAGGUACCCGAAGGAUUGGGAUGCGACUGGUACGCAUUGCGAUGGCGAUCAGCACCGUCUACCUGCUGAUGUCGAUUUCGUACGAGUCGCUAUUCAUGGUCACGCUGUGCGUGGUCGUCUUCUCUUGGUUGAGUUUGGAAGCACUCGAGCGGCACAGUGCUCAAGUUUGUUUUGCCUAUGUCAACCAGCACGAGAUAGACAAGGGCAUGGCGAAAUCACUGUCCAAUGAGGCAGUAGGAGGUAUGCAGAGCAGGUCACAUUCAAUCCGGGUUCCAGCUUCAGAUAGAUCCACCAAGAACGACAGCACUACUAAUGCUAUUGGGUGGCCUGAGGUCCGAUCGGCAUAUCUGCUCGUGUUCUUUUCCACAGUGGCCUUCUUCGGCACAGGGAACAUUGCCAGUUUGAAUUCGUUUACUGUGGCCUCCAUCACGACGUUUCUCACAGUAUUCUCACCCACACUGAUGAUGAUGCUACUGAUUUCUAAGAUUGCCAUUCCACUUUUGAUUGUAGCUUGUGUCUUCAAUGCAGUGCGAGAUGUUUGCCGUGCACCUGUGCGAGAGUUCUUUGCGCUGUCCCUGGUAAUGAGCGACUUCCUGGCACUGCACUUUUUCUUCAUGGUUCGGGACUCUGGCAGCUGGCUGGAUAUUGGCACCAGCAUCAGCCAUUUUGCCUUGGCCACCAUUAUGGCUGGUGCCUUGCUAGUGAUUUGCACCCUGGCGCACGAGUUUAUGGCUGUGCGCGCUGUAAUCGGCUCAGACAAGUCUCACGAAGACUAGGCUAUUGUAUUCUAGGUGCUUUUUUUUCUUUUUCUUCAUUACGUUUUUACUCUCUUUAAAAUUUAAAUUAAUGUCAUUAAGACUCAUUAUAUCCUGGCUCGAUGUUCUUAUUAAUUCUAGCUGUGCUGUGUUUGUACAUUUUAUAGAUGACUUAUGACCCUGGCGGUUACCUUAGUAGGCACUAGAUCCAAUGCAGGGAGUUGUAUAGGUCUAUACAACUCUCUGAUCCCACGUGACUGGCAGACAUCACCCCAAUUUUUUUGAAUUCUGCUUUAAUAUUCCUUGAGGUUUGGAAGGCUAUUAAUUUUCGGGCUACAUGUAUGUCUCUGUUCAGUGCUUUGCACACACCCACCAGCUAUUACAUGUCCUCCCUUAUUUUCACCCUGCAGAUUAUUUAAAUCUUAUCCGAUCUUCACUGACCGAGUUCACAGUUAUAGCAUUCUUAUGUAAUUUGGCUUGAGAACCCGA